AAUCUCCAGCGAUAUUUUCAUUUUGUUUUUGGCAUUUUUAUUCUAUGCUUCAAUUGUUCGUCCGUGUGUAGUUUGUUAUUUACAAUAAUUCUGUUCCUGGCUUAAUUUUUGAUAUAAUGCGCUUAACCUAGAAACUCGUCGGCUAAAGGGCUUUGUUGAAUACGUUUUCGUAAGUUUUAAAAUAGUAUUGUAAGAUUAAAAUUUCUACCGAUUUUUUGAAAUGUGGAAACAGUUCGCUACAUCAGUUCGUAAUUUUCUACCGAAUCAGUUAGCCGCUGUUUUUAAUGUCGACGGAAGCUUAAAAGUAAACCAACAGUGCAGGACCACGUUCAUUCUGAAAAGGAGGAAUCCCGUCCCUCUGAGUAAGAUAGGGCAGCGUCCAAAGCGCCUGAAGAACCGCCACUUCAUCUACGACCUGGUGCAGGACACCAGCGUGGCCAAGCAGGAGACGGUGGACCUGAUCCUGACGGACUACGUGAGCGGCCUGGGGGACGUCGGCGACAGGGUGGCGGUGAAGAGCUUCGCCGCGUACAACAAGCUGCUGCUGCCGGGCCUCGCCGUGUACGCGACGCCCGAGAACGAGGAGAAGUACGCCCGCCUCAAGGGCUCCGCGGCGGCCAAGCCCAAGUUCAGCUCCCCGCACGCGCAGCGGACGGUGAACUACCUGUCGACCAUGGUGCUGUCGGUGGUGAUGAACAAGGAGGUGCCGUGGACGGUGGAGCCGUGGCACGUGCGGAUGUCAUUCCGCAAGGCCAACGUCCACGUGCCGGAGAGCGCCAUAGAGAUGCCGCAGGAGGCCAUAACGGGGCCGGACCUCGGCCUGGAGCGCAAGCAGUUCCUCGUGACGGUGACCAUCAACGGGGUGGAGCGGGUGGCGGUCAAGUGUCGCAUCCACCACUGGAGCACCAAGGUGGUGGACCGCCUGCCGUACCUGCAGGACCACUGGCUGCUGCCCGCCGAGCCCUUGUUCCCGGAGGCUGCCGCGGGGGGCGACCCCAAGCCGACGGCACCCGGUCUUCAGUAGACCCGCGGUCCGCUUGCUCGUGUUACUAGACACCUUACUUUUCCCACGUCAAGGCUGAAUGCUCUGUUGAGCCACACAAACAAGUGAGGAAUGUAGUUUUUUUUUUUCAGAAUGUACAUGAUAACAAGCAGUGGCGCAACAACAGGGGGGGGGGGGCAAGGGUAUUUUGCCCCCCCUCUGAAACCUUGAAGUGGGGGCAAACGGGGGCAAAGAAAGUUCUGUGUAAUCAUCAAUUUUUAGAUAAUAAAACUGCUUAAAUAGCACAAUUUUCCACCUUGAAAUACAAAUUUUUCCGGGGGUGGACCCCCCGGAGCCCCCACUUCAAUAGGGGGGAUCGAUGAUUCUUUAUAAAAAGGUAUAUUGCUUCCCCCUUUGGAAAUUUAGUUGUUGCACCCCUGAUAACAAGUAUGCAUCAAAAUCGUGUGCAUGAUCAGAGUAUUUGUAAUAGGUAUGUAAACCUAACCGAACCAGUUAUAAAAUACUGGUAAACUACUUGAAAUAUCAAACGUCUUCUAAGAGAAUGAUUUGGAAACUUGUCAGGAUGUGGAAACAAAAAUCAUUUCAGAAUUUUUAUUCUUCUCGUUUGCAAAAAAACCCUCGAAUCUUCUUUUUUUUUUUUUGUACCCUUAUUUUAACCAAUUUGACUAUUAACUGAAAGGAGGUAAUAAAUGCUAGGGUUUUAUGACAAAUAUCAGUUUAAUUUUUAGACUCUUUUUACCCUCAGUAGUUGAAAUCUUGUUCAUGAUAGAGUUGUUCUACUUGCGUUGGCACUGAUAUGGAUAUUUUGAAUUUCUGAAUGCCAUUUCAGCUUGAUCACAGGAGCAAGUGGCGGAAACAAGCAUACACUUCUGCAGCCAUGCCCUGGCACAUUGGUACUGCAGUUGCGGCAGUAAGCCCUUGGCUCAUUAGGUUGGUGGCACAGGCAAGCCAUUUUUUAUUAAAUGUGAAUUGACUGUACUGUAGAGAUGGAUAGAAAGUAGUGAGAAUAUUUGUUUCCAUUCUGAAUGUGUUCCCAAUGUGUCCUGAAGUAAAAUUGAGUCUGGCAAUGAGAAUAUUCUAUGUACUAUUCCUCUGUAUGCAAAUAUGAGUUAUUUACAUUAUAAGUACGUAUUAAAAUAGAUGGUACUGGCUUAUAAAAAUUUUACAUUGAAAUUCAGGAUUAUUUAUUUUCCUUACAUUGAGAUGCAAAAAUUAUGUUGUCAUAUCUAGCCUGUCUGUAACCAUCCAAACCUGUGGUAAAUACUAAUAAAUAAUUUGUGUUUGGCCAUUUAAAAGCACUAGUUGCAAACUGACUGUACUUAUCAAUAAUUUAUCUGUCUGUUAUUAGCAGUUUACCUUUUAAACUAUAACCAGAAACUGAAAAUAUCAUGAUUAUUCUUGGAGACAAUUCUUACUAUGUAUUAUUAACUUGUGUUAACUAAUAAAUACAGUAAUGAUUAAA